AGUGCUAGUGUGUUUCUCUACAGGAAGUGGAAGGCGAUACCGUUUUUCUUAAGAGAAUGCUGACAAAUGAAGAGAAAGUGCCAUACCGCCGCCUUGAACCUGCUGUUCAGAAAUUUAUUAAAGUAGCUAUUCCAACAGAUCUGGACAGAUUAAGAAGUCAUCAGUUAAAUAUUGAAAAGUAUCGAAGAAGUAGAUCAUGGGGUCUGUUGCAUAAAGAACAAAUUAAUGCAGGACGCACAGUACAGCAACUUCGAUCUAACAUCCUUGAGAUGGACACCCUUUUUUUAAGAGUGAAGAAAGAAGAUAUUACAACUUUGACAAAUGCAUUAAAUCCAGUUAAAGAUUUGGCAAGAGCUGCAAUAGCAGAGUUUUUGGAACAUCAGUCAACAUCUCCAGGAUCUCCAGAUGACGAGUGUACAUUAGAAUUACAGGAUUGGGCAACAACAGCAAAGAUAGCUUCUGGAAGCAAUGAUUACAAUUCUAGUGAAAUGUGUUACACACAAAUGGAAAUGCCUCAAGAUCAGAAUGCUACAGAAUCAUGGAAUGCACUGGAGAAGGAUUUACUAGAGGUCAAUAGACUUGUAAACGAAUUCUCUCAACUUGUGCAUACUCAGCAGGAAAAGAUUGACUGCAUUGAUGACCACAUCAACACUGCUGCUGUUAAUGUUGAAGAGGGAACAAAAAAUCUGGGGAAGGCUGUAAAAUUUAAGCUUGCAGUUAUUCCUGCUGCCGGGGCGCUCAUUGGAGGAAUAGUAGGGGGUCCAAUUGGCCUAAUAGCAGGACUUAAAGUAGCAGGUAUUGCAACAGCUCUUGGUGGUGUGUUGGGCUUCACAGGAGGAAAAUAUAUUCAAAGAAAAAAAGAAGUUCUGCUGGAAGAAAACGCUAGUUCAGAGAUUCAUAACCAAAAAGAUAAAAUGUUGACCUGAAGCAAUUACCAAACUGACAAAGGGAUUCUUCUUUUUUACAUAUAUAAGAAAUAUAUGUAUUUCUUUUAGCACUAUUUACAUAAACAAUUGUAAAAAAAUAAACUUUUUUUGAUAA